AUGGCAGAAAUAGUCGCUAAUUCUGCCUCGGUCAAUCAGGAAGAAAUAUCCGCAAUGAAGCGCAGGGUCGCGGAGAUGGAAGAAGAGGCAGCGAAACUCCGGGAGAUGCAAGCUACCAUGGAACAACAACACCAAGAUUUGGAUGACAAAAAGGAGGACAUCGAUUCUCGAAGUAUCUUUGUCGGUAAUGUCGACUACGAAGCAUCGCCGGAGGAAAUUCAAGCUCACUUUACAACCUGUGGUCCCAUCAACCGCGUUACUAUCUUGCUGGAUAAGUUCACGGGCCAUCCAAAGGGGUAUGCGUACGUUGAGUUCACUGAGCCAAACCUAGUUGCUCAAGCCCUGGUUUUGAAUGAGAGCGUAUUCCGCGGUCGUAAUCUCAAGGUUGUACCUAAACGCACCAAUCUUCCAGGCAUGACCCGUGGCCGAGGCCGUGGCAGAGGAGGCGGCCGUGGAGGGUUUGGCCGUGGUGGCGGCGGCGGCUUUCCUCCAAGGGGAGGCUACCGCGGAGGAUACAGAGGUCGUGGUCGUGGCUACACGCCGUAUUAG